UCCAACAACCACCCAAACAAAAGUAGCAUUUCCUCUAUAUACAUCCUUUUUCAUUAGCACUUUGUAAAAAGAACAUGAAAAUAAACUCAUGCAACUAUAUAUAUUCCAAAUCCAAUAGCGUUGCCUACGAUAUAGGGAUGGCAUCAUCAACUGAACUCAGUCUUAACACUGAAUCUCUGGUGGAAAAAACACAGAAGCUGGAAGAAUUCGUAGCUUGUUUGGAAGAAGAAAAGCUCAAGAUUGAGGCUUUCAAGCGUGAGCUUCCACUUUGCAUGCAACUUCUCACAAACGCCACGGAGGCGUCGAGGCAGGAGCUGCAGUCGCAGAGGAUGAAGCAACUUUCUGCGGAUAAAUCGAACUGGAUGGCGUCUGCGACGCUGUGGAGCGAUCAAGUUGAGGGACGAAGGAUCCCGUCCCCGGAGUUAGGUCUUGCGCCGCCUGAUAACAUGGAGAAGAGAAAGGCGAGGAGGUGUUGGUCGCCGCACUUGCACAAGCGUUUCCUACAUGCGUUGCACAUGCUCGGUGGUUCACAACUGGCAACUCCCAAACAAAUCACGCAAUUAAUGAAGGUUGAGGGAUUAACUAGUGAUGAAGUUAAAAGCCAUUUACAGAAAUACAGACUGCACGCUGGAAUCCAAGCUCCAAAACCAAUGGUGAUCGUAGGUAGCAUAUGGGUCCCACCAGAGUAUGCAACCCAUGGCGGAGCAACGUCUACCGCCUUCUACGAACGUCGAAUUCUACCACCAUCUUAAUGAGGCAUCUACUUCACCGCAUAGUUUAGACUCUUUUUAUUUUUUUGGCGAUGAAUAGUGUUAAUGACAGUUUAAUUGGUCAGAUUUGUGUUCGGGUUGAGGAUUUCCUUGAUAAUUUGUGUUUGAAACUUUGAACUUGAUUUUAUUAGGUGAGUCGUUAUCAGCUUGACCCGCACAA